GGUUUGUUUACACUCGGAAGGGGUCGCGGCGCCGGACGGCAUUUUACAACUCACCAUGCCAGACAGAAGAAAAAAUAUAUAUGAAGGAGCUGUGGUCGUGGUGCAGAAGGGACCUUAUAUGAAGACAUGUCGUGUUUUACAGGGAAGAUCUUUUGUGUUUGGCAAGAAAGGGGAAGGGCAGUUUACGCUGAAUCUUGAUGGAGCCUUGGGCUGUGCGUUUGGAUCCUCCUUCAAGAUGGAAAGAAUAUCAAACAAACUCUUCAAAAUCAUACAGAUUAAAGAAAACACCAACAUGGAGGACAUUGUUAAGGAGAGCGGCGAGGACAAUCGCAAUAUUUGUGAUGACGGAAGAUCCCAGAAGCUGUCCCCGGAAGAGAUCAGUCAGCUGAAGGACUCGGGACUUACGGGCAAAGAGGUUAUUCAAACUCUUACUGAAAACAGUACAACUUUUAAGAGCAAGACCAAGUUUUCACAAGAAAAGUAUGUCAACAAGAAGCAGAGAAAAUAUGACGAAGUGAUCACUUUGCAGAAACCAUCAAUACGUCUACUAAACAACAUGUACUAUACACAGGACCCUCUUAAGAUUGCGAAUCUCCGCAUAGACAUGUUAUCACAAAUAUUAUGCUAUGCCAAUGUGCAGUCUGGUGGACGCUUUGCGGUAUUUGAGUCAGGCAGUCAGGGCCUAGUGACUGCUGGCAUGUUACACCGAAUGGGAACAACUGGAAAGCUAGUGCAGGUUUAUCAGGGGAAUCAUCCUCAGAGGGAGGCAGUAGAUCUAAUGAACUUCACAGAACAAGAACUAGAAGUUCUGUCCUUCAUUAAUUUCUCCAAGCUACCAGACCUGGAUCUAGAAAACUUGAAGAAUGGAAAAGAAUCUCAGACAAGAAAUACGGCUAAAAAUGAGGCAAGUGCUGAAAAUACAGAAAAAGCAUCUGAUGAAGGUAAAGAAGAUGUGAAAGAGAGCAAUGGAGAAUCAGAAAAGAUGUGCAUUGAUGAAGAAACAAAGGAGGUCCCAGCUGAGACCCCCAAAGAAGGUGCAGGCAAUGAGGGCGAUAAUAAAUCGACCUUUAAGAGACCAAGGAAGUUUGUCAGAACUCUGGUAGAAGAUGUAGAAGUAUCUUCCUCCGUGUUGAGUGGACAGAUUGAUGGCCUGGUUGUGGUUUGUCGACAGCAUCCAGUUAACAUCACCAGAGAGUUGCUUCAGUUUCUGAAGCCAGGCCACCCGUUUGUGGUGUUUUCCCCAUAUAAGGAGCCUCUGAUGGAUCUCUUUAUUGAAGUGAAGGCCCAAGGAGCCACAAACUUGAGACUGAGCGAAACAUGGCUACGGCAUUACCAGGUCCUGCCCAUGAGGACUCACCCGGAGAUAAACAUGUCCGGAGGCGGUGGCUACAUUCUGUGUGGCGCAAGAGUUACCAGUCAGUAGAAGAGAAUAAAGUGAAAAUUAAUUGAAGAUAUAUUUUGAUAGGAAACCCAUAGUGCCAGCAUUCUUUGACAAUAAUGUAAAUUUUGGUAAAUAUUUUGUACCUACUCAAUCUCUUUCUUCAGACUUUUUUUUUAUUAUUAUUAUUAUUAUUACUUGUUUUUAUUACCUUGACAUACAUUUACGUAUAUUAUGUAUGGAAUUAUAUUUAUACAUAUUUGUAAAUAAAUAACUAUAUGAAUAUGUAGUAUGUGAGUUACUUUUUGUAUGAGUUUAUAAAUAAGAGCAGUUUGCUAAGUGCCUGUUAUUUUCUGCUCAUUUGUAAAUAAAGUGCAAAUUGUUGGUUCUACAUUCCAGAAAAGGAACUUUUAAUCUUUCAUCACUUGUAUAAUUUUUGGAGAUAUUAGUGAGGAAAAAGACAACUGUAAAUUUGUCAUUAAAAGUUUUCAGACAACA